UACCAAGCAGUAGCACAACAAAUGAACCAUCCCAUCAUCAAGAAACCAAAUUCAUAACAUCAAAAUGCACGGCCUUGUUGCGGCGAAUACUUUGGUGGCUGCAUCGGCUGCUUCGGUGUGGGAAAUCUAUGGCACCCUUCAGGUCCUUACAAUUAUAAAUACAUAUUUGCCAGAUGUGCUUGGAAGAGUUAAAGUCCUUGAAGGUGACGGACAUGCUGGCACAAUUCUGAACGUUACACUACCAGCAGGAACUCCUGGAGUUGGUUAUAUGGAGGAAGAGAUUACAAAGGUUGAGAAUAAGAAACGCGUGAAGCAAACAAAAUCCCUUAAAGGAGGAUUUAUAGCAAUGGGGUUCGAGAGUUAUAUAACUACAUACAAAAUUAUUGAAAAUAAUUCUACGUCAAGUAUAAUAAGAUCAACGAUAAAGUAUAAGAUUGACCAUAAGUUAGCAAAUCUUACUUCUCUGGUAAACACCAAUCUGGUGGAAACACUUGCAGAAACCGUUGGGAAGUACCUGACUGGGAACCUGGCACCUCCUCCUUCGUAGAAGCUGCAUCAGGAAUUUGUUGUCGUUAUGGUAUUAUUAUUAUUAUUAUAAAAAAUGAUGUAUUAUUGUAUGUUCUUAAUUAUUUUAUAAUUCGUUACAGGUAAUGAAUAAAGAAUAUUUGUGGUGUCUGUAUAUUGUAUUUGCAAUUUUCAAUAAGACUGUAAU